AUGACAUCUGCCAAAGUUUCUCGUAGUAUUUUACAAUUAAUUUUAUCUGAACAUCAAUAUAUGCGUCAUACGUAUGAGCAGUUAAAGAUGAUUCAAGAUCCUGCUGAAUUAGAAAAAAGUGUUCGAAAAUGGAUUGAAUUUAUUUGUUUACAUGGUCACAAAGAAGAAAUAGCAUUUUAUCCUGCUGUUGAAAAAUAUCUAGAAAACGGAAAACAUGUCGUUGAACAUUCGUUGAACGAACAUCGAAAAUUAGAUAAAGAGUUAAAGCUAUUAUUAGAAAUGGUACCAGAACAAGAGAAUAGUAGAGAUGAUAACACAUACUGGAAACAAAUAAGGGAAUCAAUGAAGCCAUUGUUGCAUCAUUUAGAUGAUGAAGAAAGGAAAAUUAUUAUUCCGUUACAAUCAAUAAUAAAUGAACAAGAGCAAGAAAGGUUAGCUGGAGAAUUUGAUCGAGCUGAAUCUGUUGCAAGUGCGAAACCACAUCCAGAAAUGUCAAAAAAAGCGGAAGAGGCACCGAUGGAAAAUAUUCAAAUUGGUUUAAAAGAAAAACAAGACUUGUAG